GCCACGGAUUCGGUAGUGAUGGCUUCUCUAGCUGGGUCUGAGCCUAGCCAGCCCCUCCCCCAGGAGAUUGUUGUAGUUGGCCAGCUGCUGCUCCACUGUAACCAUGUGCGACCGAAAGGCCGUGGUCAAAAAUGCUGAUAUGUCAGAGGAGAUGCAACAGGACUCCUUGGAAUGUGCUACUCAGGCAUUGGAGAAAUAUAACACAGAAAAGGAUACUGUGGCCCAUAUUAAGAAGGAGUUUGACAAGAAGUACAACCCCACUUGGCACUGCAUCAUGGGGAGGAACUUAGGUAGUUACAUAACACAUGAAGCCAAACACUUCAUCUACUUCUACCUGAGCCAAGUGGCCAUUUUUCUGUUCAAAUGUGGGUAAAAGCAUGAACUGUGCUACACACCCAGUGAUCCAUCCAAAAAUAAGGAUUGCAGCCUAAAUUCCAUAUACCAGAGACUGAAAAUCUUCAACUUUGCCUAAAGGAACCCCUUGAUCUUGAACCUUUAUUGUGUUGUUUUGUACAAGGUAUUUGCUGUAUUCAUUUGUUUUUAUAAAACAAUUAG